GGAAGACGUCUUCCAGAAGAGUCUAGCGGGGCAGCGUUGCACACUGAGGCAGCAGCAGCACGAGGCGUGUUGUGUAUCUUCUUGUCGCCUUCCGUGGUCUUCACCUCUCGCAUCGUCCUUUCGUUGGCUCGUCGCCUCUCGUUGUCCACCACCCCCGAGGAGCAGAAAGACGAUCGAACUCGCUCGGCAAUGUCGCUCGUUCGUCAGAAUUUCAGUGAGGAGUGCGAGGCGGCCAUCAACCGCCAGAUCAACCAGGAGCUCUAUGCCUCGUACGUGUAUCUGUCAAUGGCCUUCUACUUUGACCGUGAUGACGUGGCGCUGAAGCACCUGUCCAAGUUCUUCCGCGAGCAGUCCCUGGAGGAGCGCGGCCACGCCGAGAAGCUCAUGGGCUACCAGAACAGACGCGGAGGACGCAUCUUCCUGCAGGAUGUGCAGAAGCCGGAGCGGGACGAGUGGGGUAACGCUCUGGAGGCGUUGACGCUGGCGCUGCAGCUGGAGAAGAACGUGAACCAGGCCCUGCUGGAGCUGCACGCCCUCGCCACCGAGCACAACGACCCUCAACUGUGCGACUUCCUGGACUCCCACUACCUGGAGGAGCAGGUGGAGUCCAUCAAGAACAUCGCCGACCACAUCACGAGCCUCAAGAAGAUGGGCGUGCCUCAGUCCGGCAUGGGAGAGUUCCUCUUUGACAAGUUGACCCUGGGCAGCGAUUAAAUGGGUUGUCAGAGGGGAUCAGAGGUGGGCAGUACGGGCAGUAUCCUCCGCCCCCACCCCCUCCCCCCCGCUAGCCUCCCUUGGUCAGCAGCUUUUCAAAGGCGCGCCGUUACCGCACGUGUAGAAUUGUAGCGUACUUUAAUGAAUCCCACCGAGCGUGCAGGUAGUUUCCAUUAGACGGCAAUUGACGCACAGAGUCGUCGACUAGCGAUCGCUUUGUUCUGUGUAAGAAUAGACCGUGCAAGAAUAGACUGCGUGUAAGAAUAGACUGUGUACAAUUUAUCCAAAUUUUGCAUUCAUUGCUUUUAUACUAAUGGCGCACACGAAGCAAUAUACACAAACGAGGCAGAUGCGACGAGAAACGACACGAUCGGCGAUGAAAACGAACCGAGCCAGAAUAGCUUCUUGAAUGGAGUCGCGACUGUUCACCGCAUCGUCGCGUGGGUGAACCGGCAGCACGCCUCGUCGAUUUCCAGUUAUUCUCUGCGGUCCUCUUAUUUCAUAUGGCGUUCGAAAAAAGCAACAGGCUACACUUGUUAUUUUAAUAUUGUCAGGCUGUCCUAUGGGUAGAUGAGUGGAGUCCAAUUUGUUCCACCAGAAUGUGCUUUGCGUUUGGCGGUCGUCACUCGCUCGCCUGAUGGAGCCCACUGAUGUUCCAUUUAUGGAGGGAAAUGUCACCGCAUCUUCUUCCGGUCCACCUGCUCGCUUGCAGUUGCACGUUGCCUACAAGCAGCCCUGACGGACACACACCUGGGUCUGCGUGUACCCUUGGCCGUGCUAUUCCUGCCGAGGCUUACAGCGUGCACCGAAUUACAGGUGACAAGCCAGGUAUAUAAAGCGAUGGCUCUUUUGUUUUGUGCGGUCAUUGUGGUGACGCGUGCCAAGACCACGAACGCUACUACAGUUGAGAAACCCGCAUCGCUCGGCGGCGGGGGGGGGGAAGGCCAUAUUCACACCGAAGGAGUUGGCGGGGUGCUGGACUCGAUGUCUGCAACGGCCACUGUGAGUGGAUGUCUGCCAGCUAACCCGACCACGUAGCGUGGUUCCUCCGGACUUGCGAAUGAAGUUGUUGCCCGUGAGCAGAAAUGAAAAAGAAAAAAAGAUCCAUCCCCUUAUUCGUCAAAACGAUUUGGCUUAAGUUUAACACGUAGGCUUUCGCGACCAAUUCUCAUCCAUGUGUCGGGUGGUGGUGGGUUUAAAGACAUUUAUAUAUUUACGCGAUCUAACCCAAAACAACCUCUUAUGGAUUUGUCUUAAAUUCAGGAAAAGGGCGCUCUCUUGUUAAUUAUUUCCAACAGACACGUUAUGUGGCACGGGCCAGCGGGGACUCCUUCCUAGAUGCAAUGGAAACAAAGCCUCACCAGCUCUACCCUUCCUUGGACACUCGUGGUGUCACGGAUAAGAGGAGCGGUUGGGUAACUGGGAUAAAACAAAAAAUCCGUCUUUGUUUCACUUUGCCCUUUAACUGGAACUCUUAUUGGCUAUCCAGAUUUUAAUUAGAGACAUGUUUAUAUAUAUAUAUACAGGUAGUCCUCUACUUACAAUGGAGAUGCGUUACGACGACCCCAUUGUAAGUCAAAAAACCAUCUGCUAUGAAACUUUUAACAUGCAUUGAACGUAUCGUAUCGUGGUAACCCUAAAAUGAAAUCGCUAAGGCUACGUAUCAACGUACAGUAUCGUACCUCGUACGCUGCUGCGUUUGCCUGCCGUUCGAAAUUUAAAAUAUUUUUCAAUUUUGUCGUAUCGCCAUUGUAAGAUCGAAAUAUCGUAAGUCGGACCAUCGUAACUCGGGGACUAUCUGUAUAACUUAAAUCAGCCCCACACCAUGUACUCAUUUAAGGCUGAGUGGGCCUAAGCGAAGGCCCAAGACAGGUCACCUGGGGUUGCGGUGCAAUGCACAAUCCUCUACACCACUCUGGAGAAUAUGUAAGGACGCACACAAUUAUAUAAACGCAUAUGACAGUAAAUUCGUAAUGUUUAAUAGCUGUUGUCAAAAGAGCUUGCAGCAUAACUAGUAAAUACUUAAUUCUCUCAUAAAAAA